CUGUUUCCUUGACAAUGUCCUAGUAACCACUGCUAGCUUUCAAAACUGCGCAAAUGACAGCUUCCGGCUAUGCUUAAUUAUUAAUUUAUCCUGGGGUAUAAUGCAGUUUAAACGAAAAGACAAUUUAAAUGAACAAAAACGUAAGAUAGCCAAAAUAAAAGAGGGCAAAUAACCCAUUUAUUAAAACCACCGUAUAGAGCAGACAUUGCAGUGAGCCUAGCCGCAGAGCUAGCAGCUGCCCAGAGGAGCUGCUGCCAGUUCACAGUGAGUGUAACGUUAUCUGUUCGCCACACAAUAGCUAACAGAGCAACCCCUUUAUGUUGUAUCGUUAAUCUUCGAACGAUUGGAAAACCCAGAACAACAAUGGACUUUAAGAGGGACAAAGAUGAAAUUGAAUGUUCAAAAAUCACUACCAUGCUUUUGAAGUCCCACACAGGGGAGUUUGAUUUGGAGUCCAUCCUGUUUCUUAAAUUGAAGAAUUUAGGAAUUUAUGACCUUGGGUGUAUAGGAGAGUGUAUAAACCUGGAGAGGCUGGACCUCUCAGGAAACAACAUCACAAAUUUGGGACCUCUUUCACCUCUACGAAGACUUCUCAGUCUUAACUUGUCAGCUAAUAGAAUCUCCAAUUUAGAACCACUUGCCACCUGUGAAAGUUUACAGAGUUUAAAUGUUGCAGGGAAUGUAAUAUCUAGUGUAGAUAAUCUUCAUUCACUGAAGUCAUUAAGGAAACUGGAGAACAUCAGACUUAAGGACAACACUUAUAAUUUCACAAAUCCAGUCUGCAAGAAUCCAUCAUACAGACCUCUUAUUCUUGAAAUUUUCCCAAACAUGAAAGUGCUGGAUGGUGAACGGGUCGUAGGACGUGGAAGUGACUUAUAUCAACUAUGCAAAGACAUUGAUGAUUCUAUUAAAGGUAUGUAUAAAAAUGGUCAACUGCUUGAAGUGCGAGAGACAGAGCCUUGGGUGGAUGAUAGUUUUUGGGAGAUAAAGAGAUCAAAUAAUGCCAUCGUUGAUGAAGCCUAUAAACAAUUCAGUGAUGUUCUUCAUGAAUGCCGACUGCUGAAUAGUCGAGCAGGACAUUUGAUCUCACAAAAUGAACGUAACAUCAGCCUCAAGAAUCAACCAAAGCAGUAUGCAGUCUGAAUCUGGGUAUUUCUUAUGCUUAUCUUUUCCACUGCUUUUUCUGCAACUUUUCAAAAUCCCAUAAGCUUGAUUCAUCACCAGUGCCAGAAAUUCAAAAUCCUCCAGUCUUGCCUGCAGUUCGAGAGUUUAAGUUUUAUAACUAUGCUUGUGUGUUUUCCACUGAUUAGAGGGGCCAGUACUGUAGUUAUCCUUAUUUCAAACUGACCACUGUCUCAGGAUGGUUAGAAUCCAAAAAGUUCUUCUUUGCACUCCUAAAAACAAUGCUGUAUUUAACAUUAUGCUUUACAUGCUGCUAUUUGUAUGUUCUGUAAUGGUGAAGCAAUUGUGUUUAGCAAUCAAUUCUAUAGGCUUUCCCAUGUUGCUCUGCUUGUUUACAAAUUUUUAAGGGAGCCCUAUGUACUAUUUUUUUUAUGUAAUGUACAGGUGCAUCUCAAUAAACUAGAAUAUUAUCAUAUAAUGCA